GUGGGAUUUCCAUGGCAACCGCCAACAUGCCUGCCUUCACUUCAAUGUUUCCGAAAAAACUUUUUGUAUCGUGACUCGUAGUGGGGGAAAAGUCCAUCGCUCCGUUUUCAAUCAUGGCACAUCCAGUUUAUUAUCUGAAGCCCCCACCCCCCUCUGCCCCACCCUUGGUUGGAAAGGUGAGCCACCACACCAUUGAGCUCAGCUGGAAUUCGGAGGGGGGAGAACCCCGAACUGGCCCACCUGAACGCUGGAUACGCUACAGCAUCGAGGAGGAGGACCCGAAAACACACACCUACUGCACCAUUUACACGGGUUACAGCCGUAGCUAUGUGGUGGAGGGCUUGUCUCCGAGUACGUCCUAUAAGUUUCGACUGCGAGUGACGUCACCGACCGGCCAGAGCAGCCUGAGCUCUCCUGUUUUGGUCAGCACUGCACGGGAGCCUUUGACAGGCAAGAACCUCCAUCAGGCCGUGAACAUGAAUGACGAGGUGGAGCUGAAACGCAUUCUACAGGCAGGGUCAGUGGAUGUUAAUGGGUGUGAUAAACUGGGCUUCACUCCUCUCAUGGUUGCCGCUCAGAAGGGCUACACAAGGCUAGUCCGGAUGCUGGUGGCCCAUGGAGCUAAUGUACAUAUAAAGAACAGCAGCGGAAAGGACAGCCUGAUGCUGGCAUGCUAUGCGGGGCACGUGGAGGUGGUGCGCUGCCUGUGUGUGUUGGUGGGAGGGUGGGGGGUGCGAGAUGGUGGGGGCUGCAGCGCUCUACACUACGCAGCCGACGGAGGAAACGUCCCGCUCAUCAAAUACAUCAUCCAACAGGGAGCUCAGGUGGAUGUGUGUGACAGCUCCAUGUGGACUCCUCUGAUGCGCGUGUGUGCGGUGAGCGGUAAUGCAGCUGUGGCUUCUCUCCUCAUCAGUGCUGGAGCCGAUGUCAACGCCAGAGACAAGGAUGGAAAAACCCCACUCAUGGUUGCUGUGUUGAAUAAUCAUGUGGAGCUGGUGAAGUUGCUGCUGGAAAAUGGAGCAGAUUAUCACGUCAAGAAUGAGUUUGGGUGUGGAGCAGCAGAGAUGGCCAGAGCCUUUGGACGAGAGAAUAUCCUGCAGCUUUUGGAAGGAAGGACAGUCACAUGAACACAUCACCCCCCACCCCCACACAGACACAAGUUACAUAAUUUACUAUUUACAUUAUCUACACUAAUGCACUUUAAUACUGUUCUACUAUACAAUGUAGUGCAUGCAUGAUUCACCAGGACCAGACAUGCAGUAAUAUUCAGAUCAGCCAAUAAAGUCAGAAAGUCAGAACA